AUGCUUUUCCUCCCAGCUGCUGCUCUGUGCUGUCUGUGUUCAGCACUGCUUACCAUGGCAGCAGAACAGCUGAUUCAGGAUGAUUUAACAUUGACCAGGAGAGUUGGAGACAAAGUCUCCUUCAGCUGUGGAGGGACUGAACAGUGUGCUGACAGCUAUAUACUCUGGUACCAGAAGAAAGAAACACAAACUUUCAGAGUGAUUGGGUACACACCCAAGAGCAGUGGCAGUUGUACAUUUUCCAAAGGUUAUGGUCAUCCUCAGGAAGAUGAUUUCUCUGCUGAGAAAAAAGAAAGUGCCUGUGAGUUGAAAAUAAAUCAAGUUAAACUCAAUCAUUCAGCCACCUACUACUGCUCCUGUGUGAAGAUUGUCUGUUUCACUGUGAAUAAAAUCUUUGGCUCUGGAACUAAACUGUACGUAACAGAUGAGCAGGUAGUGAAGCCCGUGGUGAGCGUGUACCCAGCAGCAUCCAGAGCCCACCUGGAGGGGAGCAGCUCCCUGCUGUGUGUGGCCUCAGCCAUGUUUCCUCCUCUGGUCCAGUUCUCCUGGAAAAGACAGAAGAAGAACGGCGGGCUGGAGGAGCUGCCCCCUGCUGAGGGAGAGCAGCUGGAGCUCAGAGAGCCGGGACGCAGCGCCUCCAUCUUACUGAUCCCUCAGAACAGCACAUGGAAAUACAGCUGCUCCGUCAAGCACGAGGGGGGCACAGUGGAGGCCCAAACACAAGAAGAGCUUCCAGCUCCAGCAGCCUCCUGUCCUCCAGAGAGAGAGCCAGCAGACCUGCCAGCUCUGCAGCCAGCUGACUGGUCCUUCCAGUCUCAGUGCAGGGUGAAGCUGCUCUGCCUGCUGUCCACAGUGCUGAUAGUGAAGAGUCUGGUGUACUGCUGUGGACUCUCUCUGCUGAUGAUCCUCAGAAACAAGGGAGCGUCCACCAACUGCACACAUGCUGACUGACUGUUUUCUGCUCGCCUUUUCUCACCAUCAAAUCUCAUCCAUUCAUCUCAUUCAUCACUUUGAUCACCAUUCACACAUCUGAGUUAUGAUGUGUUGUGCUUAUUGUUGCUUUGAUUCCAUAGUUAGAAGAUCAUCUGAAAUCAAUCAUCUUUACAUGUAUUGUUGCUCUGAGUUAGAAUUCUUUUUGGACUUAUUGUGACUUUUAUUGUAGGAACAAAAAUCAUCAGGUAUCAGCCAUAUUUUUAUCAUCAGUUUCUCUUUGA